CUCUAUAUGAAUCACAAAUGCGCAGACCUUAGACAUAGCAGACAGUAUGUGACGGCUCUAACAAAGGCUCUAUAAUAUGCGAGCUGUUUUCAAUAUUCCACUUCAUUUGACUAGGAAGGCGGCUCGUUCAUUGCGUAGACACUUUGAAUACGCGGUUUCACUGCCAAAUUCCGGCGUGAGGAAUGAGUUGUAUCCCUAAAAACGCGGGCGUGCACACGUGAAUGCCAGACCACACAAUAUAAAGCACAAGACGUAAAAAAGUUAUGAUUUAAACGUCAAAGUUGAGAGCCUAAGCAUAUCGAGUAAAUUCACAGGAAUCCUGCAGCGUGGACGAAUGGGUCUUUUCAAAAUUGUCUUCGUUUUUGUACUAUUCGCUCCGGUAUGUCAUACGCUUCAGCAGUCGCUUAAGCUCAAUGAACUAAAAAACGACUUACUGAACUUACUAGAUGUGAAGGAAAAGCCUGCUAUAACACGAACUCGUUGGCAAGUUCCAAGAUUUGUCAUUGACUUGUACAAGCAACAAGCCUUCAAAGAUGGUUACACCAAGGAUGACUCUCCGGGAAAAACUAUCCGGACGUUCUUUAGAGAGCCCAAGGAUAAACGCGGUCCACACAAGCACUUGUUUACAUUCAACAUAACGACAAUAAAACGAUCCGAAAAAAUAGGACAUGCAAGCCUACGAAUCUUCAAGCGUCGCUCGCGAAUGGCAAAGCCUAGUGGACACUUCAAGAUCACUGUGUAUCGCUUGGCGAUUCCUUGGAGGAAGCACAAUAGGCGUUGGAAAAAGAAAUUAGUCUACUUGGAUUCAAAAUUGGUCAAAUGUCGUAAAGAGGGAGAAUGGAUUGACUUCAACGUAACCUCUGCAGUCAAAGACUGGACCAAUUACAAGUCAAAAAACUACGGUUUAUGGUUGUCUGUCCGCGGUUAUCGUGUGCCAUCGUCUGAUUUUAAURUGGCCACAGGUGGGCGAAAAGAUCCUUUUUUGGUCGAGUUUGGUGUUGAUCGAAAAAAACUGCAAAAAGCUAGGGAAAUCAAAGAAGAAAGUGGGGCGAAAAAUGAGCUUGAAGAAGUGGCGCUCGUGGAAGCGACAAAAGCGAGAAGUAGGAGAUCAGUGUCGGACCUUUGCAAACGUCACAGAUUGUUCGUCAAGUUUCAAGACUUGAAUUGGGAUGACUGGAUCAUCGCACCGCGCGGAUUCAGUGCCUUUUACUGCAUGGGAACAUGUCCUGAGAUAAUCGAGAAGUAUUUUAAUCCAACUAAUCAUGCUAUCAUACAAAACCUGAUUCAUCACAGACAAAGCAAGGCAGUUCCUGCAGCCUGCUGUGUGCCCACCAAACUCCAUUCAAUAACUAUGUUGUAUUUUGAGCUAGAUGGCAGCAUUGUCAUGAAGGAAUACGGUGAAAUGGUUGCCUCCUCAUGUGGCUGUCGGUGACCGUCACUUCUGUUUCGCAUCUCAAAAUGUUCAUGAAUGUACAGCCUAGAGUAAAGACUCGAAGAGAGAACAACUCUUCAGUGAAAUAGUUUAUUUAUAUUGUUGGUGUGCAUGACUUUAUAGGUUUGAGCUCGUUUUCUUUCACUUUCGUUACCUGUAAAGCGGCUAAACUAUUAUGUCCAUUGAGUUAAACUCAUCAAUUUGAAUGAUUGGAACGCCUUUGGCAAAGCCAAAGCUAUAUGAUAAAUGAAUGAACCAAACCAUGAUAACUUUAAGAAAGUUUUCAAAAUAUUCUGUAGGAUCUAUGUAAUUUAUGCUGGAAUUUGUCUUUUCGGCAAUGAGGCAUAAUUAUUCUAAUCAUACAAUACUUUAAAUAACUCUGUAUUGCAUUAAUCACCGACUCAAGGACUAUAUAUAAACUUGAAUAUGAAUGUGUAAUUUAUUGCUUUAGAUUUAAUUACCGAUAAAAUUACAUUCAAUUUUACUGUAAUUUGUCCAUGCAUUUGACAGAACAGAUUUUUUUGCUCAAUACGAUACUCUCUAAAAGUCAACUUCGAAUUAGAAGCCUUAAUUUCGCCUGGGGCUGGAUUUCACAGACUGCUAAUUUCCGGUUGGUAGUCUUGAUAUUGAAGUCAAAUUAGCAUAAGUCCUAGACUUAGCUGUAAAGGCACGCUUGCUUACUCUACCACAACCUGUUUUGUUGUUUCAAUAAAGAAAUUUUACAAAAAAUGUUGUCAAAUAAACUAAAAAACACCACUUGAAAGAGUAAAGCAUCCCUUAUGGAAACACUUUGGAUGUAAAGUUCGUGUAUCUGUGCAAUUCUCUGCAGAGAAUCUGGCCAGAAAAUUUGAAAGCCUCCAGGCGUUGAGAACGCGGUCGCCCAUCUUGGAUAGUUUUGACAUUUGUUAAUCCAUUAAGCUAAAUAGACUGAGCAAUUAGUUUAAUAAAAUCACUUGUGAUUUGCUACUGGAAUACAGUUGUACAAGAGACUGCACUAUCAUAGACUUCUUCACGUGGUGUCCACGUGAUCAGCAUGCAUGUCUUGCACAGGUGUUCUAAGGUUCCCUGCAGAUCGAGCCAUAUUUGGUCGAUCCCUCUAUUACAAAACUGAACUAAAAGAUCAAAAAUAAAUUAGAUAAAAUAGAAGGAGAUGAAAAUCARUAGCAUUAUCAUACCAUCUUCUUUACUUAGACGCUAAUGUUAAACUGAAAACAAUCAAAAUAAAGCCUGACUUUCACGAAAAGCA